AUGAAUCACGAUACUUUCUCCUCCCUGAAAUUUCGGCGGACUUCAAGCAAGCUUCACAAAGAUUCCCCCAGCUUUACCUCUCGCAUCCUCAAGAGCCAGCAGUCCAAUACCACGUCCUUGAAACGACACCCCUCCGCCCCCGUCUAUCCUCGUUCCAAUAGCAGCCCCGGUCGAGACCACCACACUCGCACCCGCUCCAACGCCUACGGGUCCUCCUCGUCUUCCUCCCUCGACCAGCACAGCGCCGGUCCCUCGCCGGUCCCCUCCAGCAACGACUUGGCCCACGCGCCCACCCAUCACGCCGCCGCCUCCCAACAACAACCAUCCCGUCCUCUCCACUCCGGUCGCUUCUCCCUGCAGACCCCCAGUUCCGAUGAAUUGACCAGUUCCCCCUUCGACUCCCGUGGCAUGCUCACCGCGUUGGAUGAGAACAGCACCGAAUUCGAUCGUCCCGCCUCGUCCACCCGUCCGCCGCUCCCCCCCUCCCUGACCACUACCGACACCCGGGGGCUCCGUCAAUCUGCCAGCUUUACCGCCCUACACAACCGGAUGGACGCCUUCGUCCACCGCAACGAUCAGGACCGUUCCACCCCCCCCACUAACCGGUACUCCGAUGAGGCCGGGGGGCCCAGGACCGGGCGGAGCAAGAAGGCCAGCUUCUCCAGCUUCGUCAACAGCAUGCUCGGCUCGCCCAGAGGCAUUAAGAUCUCCGCCCCCGAGAAUCCCGUCCAUGUCACCCACGUCGGCUAUGACAAUCGGACCGGCCAGUUCACGGGCUUGCCCAAGGAGUGGCAGCGUCUGCUGCAGGAGAGCGGCAUCUCCAAGAAGGAGCAGGAGGAACAUCCCCAGACCAUGGUCGACAUCAUGCGCUUCUACGAGAAGAAUGCCCGGGGCGAUGACGAGGUCUGGCACAAGUUCGACCACGCCUACCCUCAGCAUCAGGUCGUCACGAGCCCCGCCCAGUCCGACACCGUCGGCGCCGCCGCCUACGCCGCCGCCACCGCGGGCCAGCAGCGGACCUCGCCGCCCACGAGCCCCCGGUUCCCCCAGAAUCACGAGGGCAGCUUCGAGAACCCCCGGGCCCCGCCACCGAUCCCCCGCGGCGGCGGCGGCGGCUCUCCGCCCACCGUGCCCGCGAUGUCCCCUCCGGUCGGGGGCUUAGUCCCCAACCGGGCGCCCCCCAAACCCCCGACGGCGACCACCAUGACGCCUGCCCGAGCGGCCCCGCAGCCGCCCACCGCUGCGCCGCAGAUGUCGGCCACGAUGACCCGACCGCCCGACGCGUAUCCCGCUCCCUUCAACGCCCCGGCCAUCCCCAUGAUCCCCGAGACGGAGCCCCUGACGUCCGAGCCGCCGCGCGCCCGGUCGCCGCCCCCGACGACCACCCCCACCGCCACCGGUGCGCCGUACGGGCCGCCGCCCGUGGUGGCCACUCCGACCCAAUACCAGCAGCAGCAGGAGCAUGCCAUGGCCGCGGCUCAGCAGGCGCUGGCCAGCAAGCAGCUCGAUCGGAGUCGCAGCCAGCGCCAACAGGCGCCCGCGCGGCCGGAUCAGAAGCCGGCGGUCGCCGAAGACCCCGCCGUGCAGGCCGCGCAGCGCGCGCCCGCCGCCCGGCCUCGGCAACGGCCCCGCCAGAGCACCGCCAUGGACGUGCGCGCCCGCCUCAACUCCAUCUGUACCCCGGGCGACCCGACCAAGCUGUACCGCAACCUGAACAAGAUCGGCCAGGGCGCCUCGGGCGGCGUCUACACCGCUUACACCCACGGCGCCCACGACUGCGUGGCCAUCAAGCAGAUGAACCUCGACCUGCAACCGAAGAAGGAGCUCAUCAUCAACGAGAUCCUCGUCAUGAAGGAUAGCAAGCACAAGAACAUUGUCAACUUCCUGGACAGCUAUCUCCACGGGUUGGAUCUCUGGGUCGUGAUGGAGUACAUGGAGGGCGGCAGUCUGACGGAUGUCGUCACCUUUAACAUCAUGAGUGAAGCCCAGAUCGCCGUGGUCUGUCGAGAAACCCUCAAUGGCUUGCAACACCUGCAUUCAAAAGGUGUCAUCCACCGCGACAUCAAAUCCGAUAACAUUCUCCUUUCGAUGGAUGGCAAUAUUAAGCUGACCGACUUUGGCUUCUGCGCCCAGAUCAACGACUCGCAGAACAAGCGCAACACCAUGGUCGGCACCCCGUACUGGAUGGCCCCCGAGGUCGUCACGCGCAAGGAGUACGGCCGCAAGGUGGACAUCUGGAGUCUGGGGAUCAUGGCGAUCGAGAUGAUCGAGGGCGAGCCGCCGUAUCUCACCGAGUCGCCGCUGCGGGCGCUGUACCUGAUCGCCACCAACGGCACCCCGACCAUCAAGGAUGAGCACCAGCUGUCGCCGGUCUUCCGCGAUUUCCUGCACCUGGCGCUCAAGGUCGAUCCGGAGAAGCGCGCGUCGGCCCAUGAUUUGCUUAAGCACCCGUUCAUGUCCCUGUGUGCGCCACUGUCGCAUCUGUCCCCGCUCGUGAAAGCCGCCCGGGUCAGCCGGGCCCAGGAAAAAGCCCAGAAGGGUGGACACUGA